CUGUCUGUGGUACCUGCUGGCUGCUUAACUUAGCUAGCAGUCUUACCUAUCAGACACUUCUGUUUAGGAGUAAUAAAAUUAACGGGAGAGAAAAUGAUUUGGUUUUGUUUUCCGCUCGAUGUACAGCUGCGUUUUAAGGAGAAGACGAGGACCAUCCAUUUGGUUUUAGUGUUUUAGCUGUUAUAGCGUUUUGCUGAGUCCAUUUUGCGUGUAACUGGAAGUGGAAAAGACAAAGAGAAAAGAGCUUUCCAAUAGCUAGAAUGGUUUGGGCCUAAAAGGAAGACAAGAGCAACAUGAACCGUGAGGACCGGAAUGUGCUCCGAAUGAAAGAAAGAGAAAGGAGAAAUCAAGAAAUCCAGCAGGGAGGAGGAGAGGCCUUUCCAGCAAAUUCCCCUCUCUUCCCUGAACCUUACAAAGUGUCCAGCAAGGAAGAUAAACUGUCGAGCCGUAUUCAGAGCAUGCUGGGCAAUUACGACGAGAUGAAAGAACCCAUUGGUGACACAUUUUCAAAGAUAAAACCUUCUAACAGCUCAUCUUCGUCUGAGGAGAAAUCGGGCCCACCUUUGUUUGGGGACCAGCGUGGUGGUAGUGGUGGCAGCAGCCAGACAAAUAAGUGGACUCCUGUUGGCCCUGCAGCGGGCGGAUCUUCAUCCCAGUCCCAGAAACGCUCAGGACUCCAGGGUGGCCACAGCAGCCAGAGGAGCAACGGCGGCAGUAGCGGCAGCAGCAACAGUAGCCAAAGAGGGGAGGUGCGGGAAAAGAAGUCAAGUAAACACAGUGGAGGGUCAGAGCACUCAAAGUCACACACAUCGAGUCCGGCCAAGGGCUCUCUGAGUUCCUCCAGCGGCCACCCGCGGAGCUCCUUGUCAGCCGAGCAGCAUCACAACAAGGAGCGCUACCGCUCUAAGUCUCCACGAGACAGAGAAGCCAACUGGGACUCACCCUCACGGGUUCAUACCUCCUUCCCCAGUGGACAGCACUCAAGUCAGGCCUUUCCCCCGUCUCUUAUGUCCAAGCCCGGCUCCAUGCUGCAAAAACCCACAGCCUAUGUGCGGCCUAUGGAUGGCCAGGAAACGGCAGAACCUAAGAGCUCGCAAGCAGAAAGCUACAGUGGACAGUCGCACAGCAGCACCAUGGGAGAGAUGAAGUCCAACGGCAAGGCCUCACUGUCUAAACUCAAGAUCCCCUCACAACCUGUAGAGGGAUCUGGAGAUGCAAACUGUGUCGACGAAAUUCUGAAGGAAAUGACUCAGUCGUGGCCCCCUCCGCUGACUGCGAUCCACACCCCCUGCAAAACAGAACCCUCCAAGUUUCCAUUCCCAACCAAGGACUCUCACCCUUUUCCAAGUGGACAUAAACGAGGCAGUUCGUCCAAAAGCUCCAGCAGCCACCAGCCCAAAGCUUGCGAUGACCAGCCCACUAUGCUGGAAGAUGACCUGAAGCUGAGCAGCAGCGAGGACAGUGAUGGAGAACAGGACUCUGCCAAGAAUGCCUCAAGAAACACAUCAGCAAGCAAUAACAGUGAAGCAGCCGAGCAAUCGAGGGAUGACUCCAGUAGCCACAGUGGCUCAGAGAGCAGCUCGGGCUCUGACAGCGAGAGCGAAAGCAGCACGACCGACAGCGAAGCCAACGAGCAUCCCCGACCUGCCUCUCCUGAACCUGAACAACCCAUGGCCAACAAGUGGCAGCUGGACAACUGGUUCAAGAAGACUAAGCAGUUCUCCCCUGCUUCUCCAGUGGACAACAACAAUGUUCCACCCAAGUGCAAGAAAGAGGGCAGAGAUAACAGCUCAGGGCGUGGCUAUGGUAGCCAGGGAGGGGGCUCAAAAGACUCUGCAGCACCCACCCCAAGCAGGGACCUACGGGCAGCACAAAAGGGUGCAGAGGGUGGCCGUGGCCGACAAAAAUCCCCCGCCCAGAGCGAAGGUGGUGUAAACCCGCGAAUCCGUGUGGGUAAAAAACAACCUAAAAAAUCCGAGAAGCCUCCUGUCGUGGAAGAACCCAAGGGAGGUCUGAGGGUGGAGAGCGAGCCGGCUCCAGAGAUACCUCCUCAUCGGCCAAAAGCUGCCACCAAGGGUUCUCGCAAACCAAGCAUCAAAAAAGAGCCCAAAUCCUCACCGCGGCCCACCGCAGCCGCCCUCCCCACCAACACCACAGAAAAACGCAAGGCCAAGGCACCCACUAAGACUUCCCAGAAGUCUCGAGAAUUUGUUGAUACAGACUCUUCAUCGUCAGACUCUGAGGAGAAUGACAGCAUCCCAUCGUCAUCACAGACACCAAAAUACGGAGAGAGCAUCAGGACCCCCGUGUGUGUGUUUUCUCCAAUGGAAGAGAAAGAGUUGUUAUCUCCACUCAGUGACCCAGAGGAGCGCUACCCUGCAAGGCAACCUCAGCAGCAGGUUUUGCUAGUUAAGAUAGAUCUCAGCUUGCUGUCUCGGAUCCCAGGGCGGCCCUACGAGGACCUUGAGAUAAAAGUGGAGAGGGACGACUCUCAAGACAGAGACAGCAAAGACUUCAGCAAGCAGAGCUCUGAAAAAAGCUCAAGCAAGGCCAAGAGGAAACACAAGAACGACGAGGAAGGCACCAAGCCAGUGAGCAAGCGCUGCAAACUAGAGGACAAGUCUCUAUCUCACCAUAAAAACAGCAGCAAAGAGUCCAAGAGGUCUUUGGAAAAGAAAGAGGAGCCGGUCCCUUCUCCUUCCAUGUCAGUCGCGCAGCGGACACCGAAGGCAGAGCAUCUGAGUCGGAAGAGGACAGUCAGCCAGUCCUCCACCUCGCUGUCCAGCGGGACGGGAAGCGGAAAAGAGGGGAGUCACAGCGCCAAGGGCAGCUCCACCUCCAAACACAGAAAAGGAGAGGACAAGGGACGCAGCACACGUGAUGGCAAGGAGAAAUCCUCAAAGGGCUGUGAUAACCAGCUGGCUGUGCCUCCGCUCUCCACGGACGGCUCCAAGUCUCAGAGAUCUAAGCUGGUGUUUGAGGACAGGGUCCAUUCAGCAGAUCACUACUUACAGGAGGCCAAGAAGCUUAAACACAAUGCAGAUGCACUGUUGGACCGUUUUGAGAAGGCAAUUUACUACCUGGAUGCUGUGGUGUCCUUUAUUGAAUGCGGUAAUGCCCUGGAGAAAAGUGCCCAAGAGGCCAAGUCUCCCUUCCCCAUGUAUGCUGAAACAGUGGAGCUUAUCAAAUACACUAUGAAGUUAAAAAGCUACAUGGCCCCAGAUGCUACUUCAGCAGACAAGAGGCUAGCUGUGCUUUGCCUACGAUGCCAGUCUCUUCUCUACCUGCGGUUAUUCAAGUUGAGGAAAGACAGCGCUCUAAAAUACUCCAAAACACUCACCGAACACUUAAAGAACUCUCUGAGUAACACCCAGGCCCCCUCUCCUGGAAUGGGAAAUAAGGCAGCAGGCAUGCCCUCUCCAGUGUCUCCCAAACUGUCACCGGGUACAGCGGGUGGCUACUCGUCAGUCAGCAGCAGCAGCAGCACCAGUUCGUCUGUGACUAUACCUCAGCGUAUCCACCAGAUGGCUGCCAGCUACGUCCAGGUCACCUCCAACUUCCUGUACGCCACCGAGGUCUGGGACCAGGCCGAGCAGCUAUCCAAGGAGCAGAAAGACUUCUUCUUGGAGUUGGACAAAGUGAUGGGUCCUCUGAUCUUCAACACCAGCAGCAUGACAGAACUGGUGCGUUACACACGGCAGGGCCUCCACUGGCUGCGUCUGGAUGCUAAACUUAUUCCCUAGCGAGGACUGACUUCCUGCACGCUGCUUCCACACACCCACACCUCAGCCUCUUGUGUUCAGCAACAUGUGCUCAAAGACACACACACGCAUGCCCUCAGAGCAGACAGACACACAAACAACUACGUACUGUAUGCACCCACACACACACACACACACACACACACACACAGUCCACCUCUGGUCCUCCAUGUACACACACACGUGAUGAACUUCUCAGACAUAUCGCCAACACUGUGUCCAUUUUUCUACACCAGCUUGCCAAAAACACUGAGCAAUUUAGAACAUCUCACACCUUCGACCGCACCACACAGGGAGCAGCAUCGAAACUGCAGCAGGAAUCAAAAGAGCUUAUCGCCCGGCUUCGUUUAUCGGCACUCUUACAAAACCCUCGAAGGCCAUGUUUUUAUCUCCUUGGCAUGGAAGCGCUGGGUGAAUUAUUUAUUAUGAAUACACUAAAACUGGGGUUUGGUUUAUAUGCUACUUUGGCUUUUAACUUUUUGUUUUACUUUGUCUCACCAAAGUACCUCCCAUAAACACCAAAGGUGCUUUAAAAUGAAGGUUUCUCUUUAUCAUUUUUGUGCCUUGUAUGUGAGCUACAGGAAAACGGUCACCGGUCAUAUCCGAUUAAAUUAUUCUUUUUGUCUUUUUUGCUAUAGCAACAGUUGUUAUCUUAUGUAUUUUAAACAUUUAGCAGUUAAUGGAAGCUGGCAAUAAUUAUGUUUUUAUUGCAGUUGUGACUUUUUUUUUCAAAUCGAAUCUUCUUAAAACAUCUUACAACAAAAAUGGUGUUGGUCACCACAAAUUAAGCUACCAUCCAAUUCAUCUUUCUUCAAAGUCUCUAGGCACUAGAGGACAAUCUUGGCCCACAAGAUUUAAGGACUAUAGGAAGGGCUACUGUGCACAGCAGAUCAAUGCUUCUGACACGUAUUUAUAAAUGCUCUCUUAGGAGUUCUACUGAUCAGUGUAUUAGUUAAGAACAGUGUACGUUUAUUUUAAAGAAUCAUGAACUUCUCCUCGGCUCUGCUAGCAAAUGAAAUGUUGAUCAGUUCUCUUGAUUUUCUCUUUAAAACACUUGGGUCCCACUAAUGCGCAUCAUGGCCUCGAGGCAUCACUAGCGGGGAUAUUGGACUCUCUGCCUGACUAAAAUUGAUCACAAAUUUUCUGCCUCUUUGGACCUUCAGAGUUAGUCCUGUAGCUCCAUUGUUCAUUGAUAAAUUUCCUCGAGGAAGGAUAAUUUCGAGACAGUUAUUCUUGUUUUGAUUCCUUUGUUUGCCCAGAGUGUAUUUUUCUAAGAAGCAACAGGGACUGUCUUAAGUAUUGAGGAUUGUGUCCACACAUACAAUGCAGUUAUUUACACGGCAGGCAUGAGUUAACAUAAUUUGGCACAACAAAAUCAAAUUUACCUGAAAGAAAAGAUGUUCUGUAGAGAAGCAAACUCAUUAGCGAUGGCAGAUUAGCAGUGUUGCAUUUAUACAGCAAAGAGUUUUAAAUCUAUGAUUAUAUAUCUCAAAUUAAAAGUAUAAUGACCAAUAUAGAUUUUAUUUAUGUAUCGAGCAGUUUUUUUUUUUUUUUCUAGCCAAGCAAAAGUAUAACUUGUCAAAUGCAUAAGUUUAAAACAGGGUUGCAACAGGGGUUAUAAGAAGUAUUUGUAUAUGAAAUUGUUCCUAUUUAAUUUUUUAAAACCAUAAUCAUGUUGUAUUCCAAGAAAGUCGAUGGUUCAGCAGGCAGAGCAGAGAUGACAGUGACUGUGUACGCCAGCUGUCCAGAUACAAACAUUUGUUUUUGUUUUUUUAAAAUGUUUGGCUGUCAGCAAGCCAGAUGUGCACGGCCAUGGCAGCGGUUUUAAAUGAAGAUGUUGGGUGUUUGGUAAUUGUCACUGACAUGAAGAACUGUCUUCUUUUUCCGGUUGUUUUAAGCCCACUUCCUACUAAAACAUGCUGGAAAUAUUAAAGCCUGGGCCAAACGGUAUUCCUGUAAAGCAGAUUUUGUUGUAGCUGAUGCAGAGUUUGGACUAAAAAGUGCCAGAACAUGUAAGACAGAUGUUGACUUCCUCGUUCUAUUCUUCUAUUUAAAAUUCGAUAUAAUUAAUGUCAAGACAAAAUACAUUACUAUUUGGCCCAGGUUUUACCUUUUUUGUUGUGUCUUGUAUCUUCCUUUCCUUCACUGGCUCCCUGGCCUUUUUUGUAGAAGGGGAUACUGUUAUUUUCUCUUACACUUGAAAAAGAGAUAGUCAGAGGAGGUAUUAUUUUAAUCUAUGCAGGAUUUUUACAAAACAUGAAAAUUUAAAAAAAAAAAAAAAAAGAGCAAGAGAGAUCUGUUUCUGUGGAAAAAGUUUAAUUUUUAGGCUUGGGAUUUUUUUCCCCACUUCAUUUUUUUUCCGCCUCAGUAAGAAACCUGUUAAACUCAAGUGUCCAAUGCCUUUAGCUUUUGCAAUUUUGUGUACUGGUUUAGUAUACAUGUGUAUAUAAAUCUGUUUUUAUAACCAAACACAGAUGGCUUGAGCCAUUUUGUACUUAAAGCUGGAGGCCACUUUUCUCAUAGGAAUUCCUCUGUGGGUUUUGCCAGCCCAGUCAAUGUCUUCAUACACUGGUACACUUUGUAAGUACAGGUCCGCGCCUUGUGUUCCCUACACUAUCUUGUAGUCAAAUGUUUAAAAAAAUUUAAAAAAAAUUAGCAUUAGAAUAAUUUUUAACGGUUUGCUACUCACACUUAUUUAUUUUUCUGCCCCUUUGCUUAAUGUUUUUUUCUAUUUUGCCUUUUUAAAGGAGUACCAUUUUAUGAAAUAGGAAGAUGUAAAUGUAUUGGAGUUGUUCAUGAUGAGAUUUCAUUGUAAGUAGUAAUUAUUAAUUCUAACUUGAAAGAAUCCAGGGUAAGAUGAGUUUUUUUGACAUUCAGUAGGAAGAUGUUAACACUUGCAUGUUUCUAUUUAAAUACAAAUGUACAAAUUGUAAAUAUAACAUUUCUUUAAGGGUGAAUUUCUACUACAGGUCGACAUUUUUAUUAAAUUUAAAAAUGCUGUAAAUAUACUUGUGAGAUACUUUAUGCACAUUUUUUUCUUCCUCUGUGGGCUUUUAUGUUCCUUUCUUCUUCCAAGUUACAGACGACAUCCCAGUCUGUUAACACUGUAUAUCAAAUUGAUUUCUCAGUCUUUUCUUACUGUGCUCGUAUACUUUGUCUUCUGCUUCACCGUCUCUCAGUAUCACGGUCGCCACAUAAUCAUUAAUGUCUCUAGAUCCAAGUGCAAAUAUUUUGUGUUUCUCUGUAUUUGAUAUGGAGCUGUGUACUUUUCAUGAAAUGUAUAUUGUUGAUCUCAUGGGACGGAUGGAUGGCAUGUACAGUCUGUUAUGUAAAACCAUGUCUGUUUCUUCCUCAGAGAGAGGCGUAUUUACUGUGUGUCCCUUUUGAACAAUUGGUCCAACAUGUCUUUUGAAACAGAGGUAUUUCUCUACACGUCAAAACAGUUGUAGCAGUUUAUACAGUAUGUUGUAUAACACCUUUUUCUAAAAAGUCGUCUCAAAAUGUGAGACCAGCAGCAUACACUAUGUACAAUAAUCUAAAUUGGAUUAGUUUUAAGAGAACUGAUGAUAGAGAUACUAUAUAUGAUGGAUGCAAUAUGAUUAAAGGUACUCAUUGAGUUUGAUCUUCAAACUUAGGUUAUGUAAUUUAAAAGCAUUCUUGUGAAGUGAGUAUUAAUUGUGACUAAUGAGAGUCUGUCCUGAAUAUUCUUUGUAUUUUGCCGUAUUGAGAAUAAAAUAUAUAUGGAUAUGUUUAAA